AUGGAUUUUGUUGCUACAAGUAACUCCAAUGAGGAUGAGCCCGUAGCCCUUUCCAGUCCAGGAGACCGAUCUAUGAGCAGCUCCCUCUCUGCCUCUCAGCUGCACACUGUCAACAUGAGGGACCCUCUGAACCGAGUCCUGGCCAACCUUUUCCUCCUCAUCUCCUCAAUCCUGGGCUCUAAGAUGGCUGGGCCUCAUACUCAGUUUGUACAGAGUUUUAUGGAGGAAUGCGUCAAGUGCCUGGACCAAGGAAGUCGGGGGAGCAUCCUACAGUUCAUGCCCUUUACAAUGGUCUCUGAGCUGGUGAAGCUGCCUGCUCUGGCCAAACCUAAAGUUGUCCUGGCCAUCACUGACUUGUCUCUGCCCCUGGGGAGGAGAGUAGCUGCCAAAGCCAUCUCUGCCUUAUAAACUAUGGGUUUAAAUUUACAUCAGUCUCCAGUGAACCCCGUUGCCCUAGUCGUGUGUCUGUGGUGCAACAGAGGGGUAAAAAUACAACUCUCUACCUGGCUGCAUCCAUUUAAAGGGAAUUAUCUUUGAUGGAAAAUUAUGUUUAUAUCCAAACACUGUUUUGCUUUUUUUUUUCUUCAUUUACCUUUUUUAACACUUAAAGAAAUGUGUAAAUAUACUUUUGGAAUUAAAAAAAGCCCAAAAUGGACAUGCUGUUUUCGCCCACCAG